AACAUUGUGUUCCUUUAUAGAUCAUGGAGCUUUGUGGUGCAAAAAGACUUGGUUAUUUUGGAAGAAGUCAGUUCUACAUCGCUUUGAAACUUGUAGCUGUUGCCCAGUCUGGUUUUCCUUUAAGAGUGGAAAGUAUAAAUACAGUAAAGGACCUUCCUCUGCCAAGAUUUGUUGCUUCAAAGAAUGAACAGGAAUCUCGCCAUGCAGCCUCAUAUUCUUCCGAUUCUGAAAAUCAAGGAUCUUAUUCUGGUGUAAUUCCUCCACCACCUGGCAGGGGGCAAGUGAAAAAGGGAUCCAUAAGCCAUGAUACAGUUCAGCCUCGUACAUCUGCAGAUCCACAGGAACCUGCAUCCCCAGUAGUUUCACCACAGCAGUCGCCACCAACUUCUCCCCACACAUGGAGGAAGCACAAUCGUCAUCCCAGUGGGGGGAAUAGUGAGAGGCCUCUUGCAGGACCUGGGCCGUUUUGGUCUCCCUUUGGUGAAGCACAAUCAGGUUCCUCUGCUGGUGAUGCAGUGUGGUCAGGCCAUUCUCCACCUCCACCUCAAGAAAACUGGGUCAGUUUUGCAGAUACUCCACCAACCAGUACUCUUUUAACCAUGCAUCCUGCUUCUGUCCAGGACCAGACAACAGUACGAACUGUAGCAUCAGCUACAACUGCCAAUGAAAUUCGUAGGCAAUCCAGUAGUUAUGAUGAUCCCUGGAAAAUAACAGAUGAACAAAGACAGUAUUAUGUAAAUCAGUUUAAAACCAUUCAGCCUGAUCUAAACGGAUUUAUUCCAGGAUCUGCAGCUAAAGAGUUUUUUACAAAAUCAAAACUUCCUAUUCUUGAACUUUCUCACAUUUGGGAACUCUCAGACUUUGAUAAAGAUGGUGCGUUGACACUGGAUGAGUUUUGUGCUGCUUUUCAUCUGGUGGUUGCUAGGAAGAAUGGCUAUGACUUACCAGAAAAACUUCCUGAAAGCUUAAUGCCCAAACUGAUUGAUUUGGAAGAUUCAGCAGAUGUUGGAGAUCAGCCAGGUGAGGUAGGUUAUUCAGGCUCUCCUGCCGAAGCUCCUCCAAGCAAGUCACCAUCAAUGCCGUCGUUAAACCAGACAUGGCCUGAGCUGAAUCAGAGCAGUGAGCAGUGGGAGACAUUUAGUGAACGCUCUUCAAGCUCACAAACUCUGACCCAAUUUGAUUCUAACAUUGCACCAGCUGAUCCUGACACUGCUAUUGUUCAUCCAGUUCCUAUUCGUAUGACUCCAAGUAAAAUCCACAUGCAGGAAAUGGAACUUAAAAGAACUGGCAGUGAUCAUACGAAUCCCACUAGCCCAUUACUUGUGAAACCUUCUGACCUUUCAGAAGAAAAUAAGAUAAAUUCGUCAGUGAAAUUUGCUUCUGCAAAUACCGUAGCAGAUGGUUACAGUAGUUCAGACUCUUUUACUUCUGACCCAGAACAGAUCGGGAGCAAUAUAACUCGUCAAAGGUCUCAUUCAGGAACGUCGCCUGAUAACACUGCACCACCACCUCCCCCUCCAAGGCCACAGCCCUCUCAUUCUAGAUCAUCGUCUUUAGAUAUGAAUCGGACCUUUACAGUCACCACAGGACAACAACAGGCUGGAGUUGUUGCCCAUCCUCCUGCAGUGCCUCCAAGACCACAGCCCUCACAGGCUCCUGGUCCCGCUGUGCAUCGCCCAGUGGAUGCCGAUGGCCUCGUAACUCACACUAGUACCUCACCUCAGCAGAUACCAGAACAACCAAAUUUUGCAGAUUUCAGCCAGUUUGAAGUAUUUGCUGCAUCAAAUGUAAAUGAAGAACAAGAUGAUGAAGCCGAGAAACAUCCAGAGGUCUUGUCGGUUGAAAAAGCUUCUGAUCCUGCAGGUUCUCUUCGAGUUGCCAAAACAGAUAGUAAAAUUGAAGAAAAGACAGCUGCUAGUGCUCCUGCCAAUGUGAGCAAAGGCACAACACCUCUUGCUCCACCACCUAAGCCUGUUAGAAGAAGAUUAAAAUCAGAAGAUGAAUUAAGGCCAGAAGUCGAUGAACACACACAAAAGACAGGUGUCUUGGCCGCUGUUCUUGCGUCACAACCUUCUAUUCCUAGAUCAGUCGGGAAAGAUAAGAAAGCUAUUCAGGCAUCAAUUAGACGGAAUAAGGAAACCAACACAGUUCUGGCCAGAUUGAAUAGUGAAUUGCAGCAACAAUUAAAGGAUGUUCUUGAGGAGAGAAUUUCCCUGGAAGUUCAACUGGAACAACUUCGACCAUUCUCUCACCUAUAAGCCAAUUGCCGUUAACUGUGAACAUACUUAUUUUUAAGUGGUUUUGGGUUCAAAGCCAAUUUGGAGACCCAAACAUUCAGCUCACUGCUUAAUUCAACCUUAAAUUUUAUGAUUCUGUUUUGCCCUAUAUGUUCACCAUUGUAUUUAAGUACCUUUUAUUUUUUAAUUUCAACAAUAAAAGGGUCAGGAUGACUUUUUCU